AUGGACAUACUCCGUUCCUUCGUCUCUCCCAUCCUAGGCGUCCUACACAAGAUGCAGCUCACCAUCCAGCUGCCGAUCCUGCGCGUCGCUCACGGCCCUUUGAAUUGGAGACUCAUCAGUAUCGGCCUCACCCUCGCCAGCAGCCUAUUUGAGACGCUUAUCCUACUCCGCCAGCUCCCGAACUACUCCAAGCCAGCCCCGCCCUCUUCUUUAGCCGACCAUUUCCCCCUGGAAACAUACACAAAGUCCCAAGCAUAUGGCCGUUCUAAAGCCCUCUUCACGCUUACUAAAACUGUAUGGGGCAUGUUUGAGGGGACGCUGAUCUUGUAUUCGGACUUCUAUGCUUGGGCAUGGAGUGCGAGUGCGGGCGUGCUGGCUUACUUCGGGUAUGGGGGUGAGAGAGAGAUCGCACAAUCCAUCAUUUUCGCCGGUAUCCUCGCUCUCCUCGCUACGAUCCCCUCCCUGCCAUGGGACUACUACUACACCUUCGUGCUCGAGCAACACCACGGGUUCAAUAAGACGACCCACCUGACCUUCUGGCUCGAUUUUGUCAAGUCUCUGGCUAUCGGCGCCCUCCUAGGCGUGCCCUUCCUCGCCGCCUUCCUGGGGAUAAUCAAGCACUUCGGGCAGGACUUCGUCACGUACCUCAUGGGCUUCCUGCUCGUCUUCCAGCUGGUUAUGGUCGUCCUCUUCCCGCUUGUCAUCCAGCCGCUGUUCAAUAAGCUUACCCCGCUGGAAGAAGGCAGUAGCCUCAGGAAGCGUAUCGAAGGGCUUGCGGGGAGGCUCAAGUUCCCUCUGAAACACCUGUACCAGAUUGACGGCAGCAAGAGGAGCAGUCACUCUAAUGCGUACUUCUACGGCUUGCCCUGGAGCAAGCACAUCGUCAUCUUCGACACGCUGAUCACCCAAUCAACAGAGGAAGAAGUGGAAGCCGUCCUCGCACACGAACUCGGUCACUGGUCCCUCUCUCACCCAACCAAGCUUCUCCUCCUAAACCAAGUGCACAUCUUCCUGCUCCUCAGCUCCUUUCCUCCCUUCCUCAGCUCACGCACCUUCCUCCCGUCGUUCAACAUCCCCCUCUACCCGACCAGCGCGCCCAUCCUACCUACGUUCCUCCUCUUCCAGCUCUUCCUCCAGCCCCUGGAACAUGCGAUGCAGUUCGCGAUGCACGCCGUUACUAGGGCGUAUGAGUACCAGGCAGACGCGUUUGCAGUCGCUAUGGGAGGGGAGAUGAAACAGCGACUCGGGGACGCGCUCGUCAAGCUGCACGUGAAGAACCUGAGCACCUUACAUGUAGACUGGCUGUACUCUGCGUAUCAUUAUUCGCAUCCUACGCUGCCAGAGAGGCUGAGGGCGAUGGACAAGCUCGAAGCGAAGAAGUCUAAGGAAGGGAAGGAACUGUGAUUCUGCGUCUAGUCUGAUGCCGUACGCGUCCGUGUGCUGAUGAGCGAAAAUCCGGUGAGAUGAUGGUUGAUGGGCUCGUGUGGUGUGGUGUGGUGUGGCUCUAUGAGGGAAGACGGAGGACUUUCCGAGGAGCCGAAAAGGAUAUGCCUCUGAAAUUGAUACAUAUUGUCAGACGGAGGUUGCCGCUGGCUGCGCAGUCAAAUCACGCAUAGGAGAUUAUGACUGCGCUGUUAUGGCUCAUUAUUGUUGACAUUAAUGCUGAUAGCCGC